AGAGAGAGAGAGGGAGAGAGAGAGAGAGAGAGAUGGGAAAAGUGGAGAUUGUGGUAAGUUCACUUCCCAUGAGCGGAGGAGAUGGCCCCUACAGCUACGCCAAGAACUCCGAACUGCAGAGCUUGUUAAAGGACAUAAUAGACAAACUGAUGAUAGAGAAACUCGAUGUCAAAACCCUGAUUUCUCGAUCGACGAACAACACAAUCUGUAUAGCAGAUUUGGGUUGUGCGACAGGACCGAACACAUUCUUCCACAUUGAAAACAUCAUCAAAGCCAUCAAAUCGAACUUAGAAUCAUCAAAAUCCACGAAGAAGAACCCACUGCCCGAAUUCCUAGUCUUCUUCAACGAUCUCCCGUCAAACGACUUCAACACUCUCUUCGCCACCCUCCCGCAAGACCGGAACUACUUCGCCGUCGGAGUUCCGGGAUCGUUCUACGACAGGAUCCUGUCGGAAUCUUCUGUCCACGUGGCAAUCUCUCUGGCCGCCACGCACUGGUUGUCGCGUGUGCCUGAGGAGUUACUGGACAAGAGCUCCAAGGCGUGGAACAAAGGGAGGGUACAUUACUCGAGUGCGCCGGAGGAAGUUGUGAAAGCGUACGAGGAUCAGUUCGCUCGGGACAUGGAGAAGUUCCUCGGAGCUAGGGCUAAGGAGACAGUUCCCGGCGGUUUGGUUAUUGUCGGACUGUGCGGAUUUUCGAAUCUACCCGCUGGUAUUAUGUAUGAAUUCAUGGCAGAUGUUCUCCACGACAUGCAAUCCGAGGGUUUGGUUACCGAAGAACAAAUCGACACAUUCAAUAUACCGAUUUACGCUGCAUCGCCGGAGGAAAUCACGUGUUUGGUGGAGAAGAACGGGUGUUUCACGGUUGAAAUAAUGGAGCUGAUGGAUCCGUCAGCGUGGCUAAAACGCAAGAUGAAUCCUAACGAUGUGAGGGAAUGGAACGCCUGCAUAAGAGCUACGAUGGGAUCUCUCUUUAUUGCCCAAUUCGGCGAAGAACUCGUCGAGGAUAUAUUCGACCGUCUCACCAGUAAACUCGUGCAUGUCACGGACAAGCUCGACAACAGCUACCGAGAGAAGACCAUGUUGUUCUUCGCUUUGAAACGAAUAUAAUAAAGUUUGAGUGUGUGUGUAUAUAAAUAUAUAUAGAUAUAUAUAUAAUAUGUGUGUGUGUGUAUUGGUUGGUUUCAACUCAUUUGUUAAAUGCGUGAUUGUUUCGUUGGUUUGUGUUUUGUGUGUUGUUUUUCGUUGUGUAAUAAAAUUUGGUUUCUUCUU